AUGCUUUUCCACGCCUUGUAUAAAGUGUGGGAUAGCCAUGGUUGUGUGUCUCCGUGGAUGUACGUGUUUAUAUCCACACCAGACGAGGUGAUUUUGGCUCAGAUCGUGAAUGUGGAUUCAGCUGGUCCCAGGGGAGAGCGGCUCUCUACUCUGACGCCCCGCUGUCAUUUUCCACAGCCUGAGGGGAACCAGGAAGCAGCAGGCAGAGGCCAUGCCUGCCCUGGCCACCGGAGCCGGCCAAGAGCCAGCAGGCCCCAGCAUGUUCCCCCAGGAGUUGUAUGUCUGUAUGAACUGCUAGCGGCUCUGCCCUCCCAGCUGCAGCCACAUGUCAGCCGACCGGAGGACAACGCCUUCCUCCAGGACAUGUUCGGGGAGAAGAGCCUCCACUCGCUUAUCAAGAUCCACGAGCGGCUGCAGCACUAUGAAGAGAGCAAAGCAGCCCCUGUCAUGGAGAAUGCUGCAACUCUGGCCUCUGAAUUGUCCGAGGAGUUACAAGGGAAAUUAGCCAGUGGUGAAAUCAAAGAGCUGCUCAAACUACUGGAAAAGCCCCACGUGAAGAGCCUGUUGUCGGUCCACGACACGGUCGCCCAGAGGAGGUACGAUCCUGAGCUACCUCCAUUGCCUGAUGACAUUGACGACGAUGAGGACUCUGUGAAGAUCAUAAGACUAGUGAAAAACAAGGAGCCUCUUGGAGCAACGAUAAGUCGAGACGAACAAACAGGAGCCAUCCUCAUCGCUCGGAUCAUGAGAGGAGGAGCAGCUGACAGAAGUGGGUUGAUUCAUGUCGGGGAUGAACUGAAGGAGGUCAAUGGAAUCCCUGUGGAUGACAAGAAACCAGAGGAAAUUAUUCGUAUUCUGGCCCAGUCUCAAGGAGCCAUCACCUUUAAGGUGGUUCCUGGUCUCAAGGAGGAUGCAACAACCAAGGAGCCUAAGGUCUAUAUGAAGGCACUCUUUGACUACGACCCUAUGGAUGACAAAGCCAUCCCAUGUAAAGAGGCUGGACUGGCUUUCAAGAAGGGUGACAUCCUUCAAAUCAUGAGUCAGGAUGAUGCAACCUGGUGGCAGGCUAAACAUGAGGGGGACGCCAAUCCCCGUGCCGGCCUAAUCCCGUCCAAACAGUUUCAAGAGAGGUAAGAGCAGAGAGUGAACUACAAGG